CAAAGUGACGUCAUAAACGUGCGCCUGAACGUAAGGGAAAGAAACAGUAGAAGCAAAGUGUGGGCAGUGUGCUUGGGAGAUUGUCUCUAUUUUUAUUAUUUAAAACAUGAGAGAAACGCCAUUGUCAAAUUGCGAACGGCAGUUUCUGUUGAAGGCAAUUGAAGAGAAAAAGCGUUUGGAUGGAAGGCAGACGUAUGAUUACAGAAACAUCAAGAUUACAUUUGGAACCGAUUAUGGAUGUUGCGUUGUUGACGUGGGAAAGACAAGAGUUUUGGCUCAAGUGUCGUGUGAACUGGUAGCUCCUAAAGAUAAUCGACCAACGGAGGGGAUUAUGUUCAUCAACUUGGAGCUAUCGCCUAUGGCUUCACCUGCCUUUGAAUCUGGCAGACAGUCUGAAUUACAUGUGACGUUGAAUAGGCUGUUGGAAAGAUGUCUUAGAAACUCCAAGUGUCUUGACACAGAGUCAUUGUGUGUAGUAUCAGGUGAAAAGGUAUGGAAGAUAAGGAUAGAUGUGCAUGUGUUGAACCAUGAUGGCAAUAUCAUGGAUGCAGCGAGCAUCGCGGCUAUCACAGCACUGUGCCACUUCCGACGACCAGACGUCGGAAUUCAGGGAGAAGAGGUGACCAUCUACACCCCAGAAGAGAGAGACUUAAUCCCUCUUAGCAUUUACCACAUGCCUGUUUCUGUCAGCUUUUCCUUUUUCCAGCAAGGAACUUUUCUUCUGGUGGACCCAUGUGAGCGUGAGGAGAGGGUGAUGGAUGGUCUACUGGUUAUAGCAAUGAACAAGCACAGAGAGAUCUGUUCCAUCCAGUCCAGUGGAGGAAUUAUGCUCUUGAAAGAGCAGGUUCUUCGAUGUAACAAGAUUGCAAGUGUCAAGGUCUGUGAGAUAACAGAACUAAUCAAUAAAGCCUUGGAAAAUGACAGGAAAGUUAAGAAAGAAGGCGGCAAAUUUGGCUUUGCGGAAUCAAUGGCGAAAGAACGAAUCACAGCCCUGAAGAGUGAGAUUGCCCCUGUCGAGAUGAUCGAUAUUGAGGAGAAGGCCGAGGACAUCAUCUGCAGAACGGGGGCUCCAUGUGACACUGUCCCCUCACCAGUGGUACGUGCCCCAGGAACAGGCCAGGUGGGAGAGGGCCUGCAGAAUGCUUGGGGGUUGGAUGAAGUGGAGGAGGAGGAGGAGGAAGAAGAUGAUAUAGAGCAGGGUGGACCUGAAAAACAGCCUGAAUCAGAAACCAUCACAUCUAAGAAAGGGGAUGUUGUAGUUAUCUCAGACAGUGAAGAGGAAGAGGUUGUAAUAUUGCAUCAAGGAGUAGAAGUAAAGGAUUUUAGGGAGGAGAUGAGCAGUGGGCAGAAACAAGCUACAAGUGCAUCGAAAAAGAAGAAGAAGAAGAGGAAACUUGCCCAUUGACAGGCAUCUGACUCAAGGAGCACCAGCAGUAAAUUACACACUGUAUGUCUGCUCAUUACGCCUAUGAAAAAUGUUCAUUGAAAAUUAUAUUGAUAUAUUUGGAUAUUUUGAUUAAGCUGUAAGAUGAAGUAGCAAUAAAGAUUAACUGGAGUAAAGAAAAA